CACAAAUAGUACUUCUCCAAUACGAUCCCGUCUCAUCGCAUCAACAAACGAAUCCUUCAACUGCCCCUUACUCUUACAUUAGCGAUGGCGACGACUCCGGACGCCGGCAAGAGAUGGAUCCAGGGUCCAGAACCGAUACAAGGACCAGAUGUUCCAUAUCAAAAUAGCAGGAAGAGCAACCCGCCCGUGAGAGGCUGGUUGAACCUGACAACUUCCGUUCUCUUACUUGAAUGGUUCGGCUUCAUACGUACCAUAAUAUGGCAAAACACUGGUUUUGCGAAUCUCCGGAAACUUCAGGUCCAUAUCGAGAACACGCCGCCGAGAUUUGAUCCAACAGUCGUCCCGUUUCCGGAGCCAUCUGGAGAAGCCAAGAAAGAUCUCGCAAACGGUUCCAAUGGCCACGCGCCAGCGAAGAAGCUAUCAAGAAAAUAUUACACCGUUGCUGAUUACCAUCGCCUGUAUCUCUCAGGAGAUCUCACACCUACCGCUGUUGCAAAGGCCAUUCUCCCCUUGAUCCGGAAAGAUACCUCGCCUCCUGGACAGCAUUCGAUAGCUUUCUUUGAUAGCAAAGUGGAUCUGGUUCUCACGGCCGCUGAAGCCUCCACUUUGAGGUACAAGGAGAAGCGUCCGCUAGGACCUCUGGACGGCGUACCGACAGCAAUCAAAGAUGAGUAUGAUAUCGAAGGCUACAUCACGUGUCUGGGCUCCAAGAACGACUACACUGGAAAACCCAAAAAUGGCAGUUCCAUCACAAGUUGGUGCGUGAAGAAGCUAGAGGAAGCAGGAGCUAUCAAUGUUGGGAAGCUGCACAUGCAUGAAUUCGGUUUAGACACUUCGGGCAACAACCCAUUCAAAGGGACGCCGCCAAAUCCAUAUAAUUCGCAAUACUACACCGGGGGGUCAUCGAGCGGUUGUGCCUACGCAGUAAGCACAGGCCUCGUCCCCAUCGCUCUCGGCGGUGACGGCGGAGGCAGCAUCCGCAUCCCAGCCUCCUUCUGCUCAGUCUACGGCCUCAAGCCCUCCCACGGACGCCUCUCCUUCAAGCCAGCACUAAACCACUCCAGCACCUGCGCAGUCAACGGUCCCAUCGCCUCAGACAUCCACUCCCUGUCCGCAAUGUACCAAGUACUCGGCGCCCCCGACGAUGAAUCUCUCUUCGCAGCACCCUCACCAACACUCCUCACGCCGUCCCCAAACCGCAAGAAGGUGCUCGGCAUCUGCGAAGCGUGGUUCUCGCGCGCCACGCCUGCAAUCCAAACCUUGUGCCGCAGCAUGCUGGACCGUCUCGUCUCAGACCACGGCUACACGCUCGUCGACAUCCAGAUCCCCUUCCUGCCCGAAGGCCAAACUGCGCACGCAAUGACCGUGCUCACCGAUGCGGCGACCCUCUUACCUGUGACCAAGGGCCUCACGCCCGCAAACAGGAUCAUGCUCGCGCUCGGCAACGUCACGCCGUCUACCGAUUUCCUGCUCGCGCAAAAGCUGCGCCACGUCUUGAUGCAGCAUCUCGCAUGGCUGUGGACGCAGCACCCGGGCAUGAUCAUCGUCACCCCCACCACGGCCUGCGCUGGAUGGAAGGUGGGCAAGCCGGUCGAUCUGAAGUAUGGCAUUAGCGACGGGGAUCAGACGCUGAAGACGAUGGAGUAUGUGUGGAUGGGGAACUUUUGCGGACUGCCGAGUAUCAGUGUUCCGGCGGGCUUUGUGGUUCCUGAGGGCAGGAAGGGGGAGGGCGAGGUUGCGGAGGAGGCGGUGGAGGGGAAGGUCCCCGUGGGCUUGAUGGGGAUGGGGGAGUGGGCUGCCGAGGAGGAGUUGUUGUGGUUUGGAGGGGAUUGUGAGGAGAUCGGGCAGGAGUGCAGUAGCACGCCGCCGAUUUGGGUGGAUGUUGUUGAGUGGGCGAGGGAGGAGAUGAAGAGGACGAGCUAGAGAGAUGAUCACAGAAGCCUUUCGAGAUGAGAAGAUGAGAGAAGAAUUGUAGAUAUGUAAAUUUUGUACAAUUACAAGAUUCAUAGAUAUAAUCUAGAUUGAGAAUAUUGCGCUAUUCGGAUUUCAAACUUUCAACAACUUCCAACCUCGGACUACCUGAAUCAUGAGGAUGUUUGGGUCUUUGAGACGUCUCAAAUUGGAUAUCGUAGAACCGAAUAGAGGGACAAUGAAUGGAGUUUGCGUAAUUCUAUUGCAACCUUCCGAGCUCGAACUCCUUUGGAUGAAGGAAAGUCCCGACUUGGAGUGCACAACUGUGAAUAAGG